GAGGGAGUAAAAAUAUUUAAAAAUGUCAGAAGAAACAGUUAUGUCUAUGAAUGAUCAGGAAAUUAAAAUUGAACCACCAGAAUUUUCAGAAGAAGACCUUAAACGCGAAAUUAAGGAUUAUGUUGAUGCCAAUCAGGCUAUUUUUAAUUCUGAAUCGUGUUCUAAAAAAGAUGAAACAUGCUUAGAAAGAUUCAUGAAUUCCGAAGUGACUAUAGAAGAGGAAGUCAAACAUGAGUCAAUCGAGACAUCCACUUAUGAAUGUGGCAUUUGUAAUCAAUCAUUUACACAAUCAGAUCAUUUGAAAGAGCAUAUGGUCGAUCAUAUGCCCAGUCACAGCAAAGAACACCCUUUCAAAUGCGAAAUCUGUCCCAAGUCUUUCAAACUAUUAAAAGGAAAGGAAAAGCACAUGGUCACUCAUUCCAAAGAGUUCUCUUUUAAAUGUGAUGUAUGCAGUAAAACAUUCGGACAAUCACUUGCAUUGAAAAAUCAUUUGCUCAUUCACAGUGGGUUACGCCCCUAUGAAUGCAGUUUAUGCGAUAAGACAUUCACACAAUUAAGUACUUUGAAAAGACACAUGGUCGUCCACAGUGGAUUACGCCCCCAUGAAUGCACCAUCUGCAAUAAGACAUUCACCCAAUCAAGUACUCUGAAAAAUCACAUGCUAAUUCACACUGGCGUAGCACGACAUCACGAAUGCAACAUUUGCAAUAAAACAUUCACAGAAUUGAGUAAUUUGAAACGUCAUAUUCUGAAUCAUGACGGAGUACGCCGUCAUGAAUGCAGUAUAUGCAAUAAGACAUUUACAGAAUCCAGUAGUCUAAAAAAUCACAUGCUGAUACACGAUGGAGUGCGACCCCAUGAAUGCAAUAUUUGUAGUAAGACAUUCACAGAAUUGGGUAAUCUGAAACGUCACAUGGUUAUUCACAGUGCUGAGCGCCCUCAUGAAUGCAGUGUAUGCAAUAAGAGAUUCAAACUAUUAGGUAAUAUGACAAAACACAUGCUGAUUCAUGACGGAGUACGGCCCCAUCAGUGCAGUAUAUGCAAUAAAACAUUCACACAAGCAAGUAGUCUAAAUAGACACAUGACAGUUCAUAGUCGACAAUGUGAUGAAAAUCAAUGA